CACCCAUGCAGUGAUGUGAAGCUGCAUAUGAGGCUGCAGAGUGAGCUCCCUUUCGCACAGUCACUUGAUUAGGUUUCUCCUUCUGCAGUGUAGGUUUUAUGUAACAAUGGCUUGAAAAUAUAUGUCACAGACGCACCACUGGGCAGUGGCAGAGCAUUUAUUAGUCAGCGAGGCAUACACUCAAACAGACACAGAGGCGGAGAGACGCUCACUCUGUAGCUCCUGCAAAGAUCUACCUGCCUGUGCAAUGCUGUGUAAGGCUGGUAACGAUGCAGUUCUGCAGAAAGGUGCUCUGCCAGCCGUGUAGUGCCAGAGUCACUUCACCAGAGGAGGACAUGGAAUACAAGAUGGGGAGCUGCAUCGGAAUUCCACACAGCAAGGCUGAAGCUCAUGCUGACAGUUCGACCAAGAGGGACGACAAGGCGCUGCUGGCCGAGGCCUCUACCAGUCAGCAGAGUUUACUCUCUCAGUCGGUGCUUCCAGACGUCCCGGUCAUCAGAGGGGUGGAGGAGAGAAGGAGUGUCGCUGGAGACCUGCUUGGGGACAAGGAGGAGCUGGAGUUUCCUCAUGACCUGCUGCCCAGUCUAGACUUCAGCAGUGAACUCAACAUCUGGGAGUCCUCAUUGGGACCCCUCCCAUCUCUGGAUUCUCCUCAACAAGAGUUUCUUACCCCAACUGAGGAGAUAUUUGCUCCUCCAACACAGGAGGAGAUCCCACCAGUGGAGCCAGCACCAGAGGCAACUACACAAAUCUUGCCUCUCCCUGAACCUACAAACACCGCAGUACAUCUACCAGAACAAAAACAAAAAGAAGAGAUCUCAAUACUGACACAGAAGGCUGAAUGUCCAGAGGUAGUGGAGAAAGUAGAGCUCUCAGAACCAACCAAGACAGAAGAAGAGCUCCCACAAGAGCUUCCUGAGUCUAACACAGAGAAAGUAUUAGUACCCGAGCUCCCACAACAACUGAGGGGUCCAGAACCAGAACCACCAAAGAAAGAAGAUUUCCAAGAGACAACAAAACAUGAGGCUGAUCUACAAGAACCAGAAAAGGUGACCGCAGCGCACUUAGAACCAGAGAAUAAGUUGAUCGGUAAGGUGCCAGAGGAGCUGCUGGAAAAACCUGUAGAUUUCCCACCUGAGGAGCCAUUUACGGAACCAGCUGGAGAAACUGUAGAGGCAGAAACAGUCCAGGGUCCAACUGAGGAGCCACAGGACAGCGGGCCCUCCCUUGCUGAGCAGACAGAAAGCGGUGCCCCUGCCACCUCCCCUCCUCCCUCUGGACACCACUUCCUUCCUGCUCUCCCUUCUCACCCCCAUACCACUGCAGAGUUCCCCACUCCUCCUCCCACACCCCCGGAAAGGCACGCACCUGAACCUCUACCCAGCCUGCCUGAAUCCCCCCUUUUUCCGCCUCCUCCACCAGAACUCACCUCCCCUCCUGCAUCUUCUACUCCCCAGGCCGCGGCCACACCCCGCCAUGCCCUUUUAAGGAGCUCAGACUCUGAUGGAGCGUUUGAAACUCCUGAAUCCACUACUCCAGUGAAGGCUGUUUCUCCUACAGAUCCCCCAAGCCAGCAACUCACAUCAACUGUAAAAGAAUUAGAUUCCUCAGUCAGUAAUCCUGUGCCUGACUUGACUUCAGAUCGUCCACAAUGCCAUUCCCCAUCCAUUGUUUUUGAUGAAAACAAGCCCAUUGCAGCCAGUGGAACAUAUAACAUUGACUUUUGUGCAGCAGAUUCAACAAGUCACACUUUGACUCGCUCUCUUAGCCUCCAGGGAGGAGAACUAGACAGUUCUGCUCUUUUGGACGGAUCUGUGGGGCCAGGUUUCCGUCCACACUCUGAAUCCUUCAGUGUAGGCACUGAGAGUGCACCUGGCACACUCCGUAGGCCUAAAAAAGUUCGACCUGGGUCUGUGAAAAAGAAGCCACUUUUACGACAGAACUCAAAUCCUGAAAGUCCAAGACCAGCCUCAUCCAGCAGCACUCCAGAGGUCAACAAGCGGGCAAAGCCUCGAACUGCCAGCCCCCUACAGGCUCCAGAGGAAGCAGAGGGGGGCUCUGCAACACCAAGCCCUGGAGGAACCCUCCGGAAGACUAGGAAAGGCCGUGUGGAGACUCCUCCUCCUCUAGCUGAGGAGACCAAUCACACCAGCCUUGGAGAGACCCCUGUCGUCCCUGCCUUACCUCUGUGUCAGGAAGAGACCCCUCUCUCUGCUAGUCCAAACGUCAAAGACGACUCUCCCAUUCCUCCCAGUGCCUCCUAUGUAUGGGAUCCAGAUAAUUUUGAAAAUAUCAACCCCUUCAAAACUGGAGGUAGUAAAAUAGCCAACUCUCCUGUUCUAGAUCGUAGAGGUCCUGUGUGUGUCUCCGUUGCUACCCCACCAGAAAGUCCCCCUGUCCCGGCUGUGGAGCCCAGUCCUCCUGCUCCUUGUGCACAGCCAAUUAACAACCCUGAAGAGCAACCUAUUUUACCCAAACGUCAGUCAGUAAGGCUGGAGUUUGACUACUCUGAAGAGAACAGUGAGGCAUCAAACCAGGCCUCUCCCCCGCCCAAGAAACCUGGCAAGAAGCCUGGUGCCAAGAUGCCCCUGAGGAGACCAAAGCUGGGGCUGAAAAAGGCCCCUGCAGCACAGACAGAGCAGCUGGACAACCCCCCACCAACACAAAACGGCAAUGAGGAGGAGAUCCCCAUUUCCAAAGGGUCUUAUAACUUUGAACCUGACAAGUGGGACGAUCCAAAUUUCAAUCCAUUUUCCUCUAAAAAAGGUAUUGCCAACUCCCCCAAACUGUCUAGACCUUCUUAUAGCUUCGACGCCAAUAACUUUGAUGACUCCAUAGACCCUUUUAAAUCCUCCAAUAAGAUGGCCAACUCCCCUCCUAAGGCCUCGGCCUCUUUUGAAGUGUCAGCUAAUGACAAUGAGGCUGACAAUGACAAUGACAAUGACAACAUUGCGGAACUAGAGGACCAAAAUCAGAACAAACCUGCCAAGAAGAAGAAAACUCCAAUCAAAUCGAAGUCCAGAGGUGUGUCCUCACUAUGUUGUCUGUUUAACACUUUUAGAGUCAAGAGGUCGCCAAAGAAAUCACCACUAAUGGACCCAUCUCAGGACCCUAUACCUGCAGAUGAACCCACCUCCGUUCAUCCUCAGGAUGAUCACGCCACAGAUGAGGAGAAGCUGGCCUCCUCCAGCAGUCAUCAGUGGGCAGCACUUCACGACAUGGAAGCAAAUUUGAACUCUGACCAGCAAGACUUCCCUCAGCCGAGCGACCUCACAUCCUUCGUUAAUGAAAGCAGCCUUCCUCAUCAGACUCCAGUGCCAGACUAUGAAAUCGAGUACAUGGAGAAGAUUGGCUCCUCUUCGCCUCCCCUCUCUGUGAAGAAGCCUUCUUUAUACCUGAAGUUGGAUUCAGUGUCUGACAACUUAACCAAGACUACAUGUGCACGUGGAUCUGAGCCCAGCUCCCCCUGCACAGGGAGUUUUGAGGAGAUGGAGGCCCAGAUCUCAGCAGGUAUGAAGACCCCCACACUGAGCUCCCGGCCUGGUCCUGAGGGUUCUGCUGGGGACAAGGGCAGGAAGAGAGAGAGUGAGGCACUUAGUCGAACACAAAGCACCGACAGAGAUGAACAGCCCUCUAGCCAGGGCCCCUGGGAGGCCCCUGCUCCAGCCCUGGCCAUGCCCUUGUUAGACAGGCUGUCUGAGUGUGACGACCCCCUGCAAUACCUGGAGCCUGACCUGGCUGAGACCAACCCCACUGCAUUCGCCCAAAAACUACAGGAGGAGCUGGUGCUUGCUGCCCUGAGGAUUGAGGCUCUGCAGUCUUGUCCCAAGAAACCCAGCACUCGUCGAUGGAAUAUCAACGGUUUCUCUCUAUUCAAACAGAGAGACGCUGUAUCUCCAAUAGAGAGUUCUGUGUCUAAGAGUUCACUGUACACCAGGACCACCACCAGCUAUAUUGAAGGGGAGAGUCCCCAUCUUCCUAGAGAUCUGGACCACUCGUUGGGAAUUGCACGAGAGGAGAUUGUAUCAAAAGAGAAAGAAGUUCUGGAGUGGCAGAAGAAGUAUGAAGACAGUCGACAGGAGGUGGUGGAGAUGAGGAGAAUUGUUGCUGAGUAUGAGAAGACGAUUGCACAGAUGAUAGGCAUGCCAGAGGAUGACCAGAAAGAGAAGUCUCUCUCCCACCACACUAUCCAGCAGCUGAUCGUGGAGAAGGACCAGGCGUUGGCCGACCUUAACUCUGUGGAAAAGUCUUUGGCAGAUCUCUUCAGACGUUAUGAAAAGAUGAAGGAUGUACUGGAGGGCUUCCGCAAGAAUGAAGACGUUCUGAAGAAAUGUGCUCAGGAGUAUCUCUCAAGGGUCCGUAAGGAGGAACAGCGGUAUCAGGCCCUAAAGAUUCAUGCAGAGGAGAAACUAGACAAAGCCAAUGCAGAGAUAGCACAAGUGCGGGGCAAAGCAAAGCAGGAGCAAGCUGCCUACCAGGCCAGUCUGAGGAAGGAGCAGAUGAAGGUGGACUCUUUGGAGCGGACUUUGGAGCAAAAGAACAAAGAGAUUGAAGAGCUGACAAAGAUCUGUGAUGAGCUGAUCGCCAAGAUGGGAAAGAGUUAGCCACCACACAGCGUCCAGACCAAGCCUCACAGAGGAGAAGAGUGGCUGUGGAAGAACUACUUGGAAACUGGAUCAGACAUAUUUAAACACUCUUCAAAGAGCUGAUGGACUUUUAAGACGUUUGGGGUUAAUUCUCUUACUGACAUUGUGAAUAAAGGAUCCGCAGGAAUGGCUUCCUCUUAAUCACUCUGUACAUUUUGAUGUGUCAGUGUAUCGUACUGUAUCGGGGUCUGGUUUAAAAUUAUAGAAAAUGUACCAUAUCACUUAUGAGUAUGUCUGUGUGUGUGAGUGGGUGUGUGUGUUUCAGUGUAUGAUGACGAGAAAGUGAGAGGAUUGUUUGUUGGUUAAAUUAUCUAUGAUGUUGCCAUGACAGCCACUGAGGGAGAAGACUGUUUACCCACCCCGUUACUGUUGUUGUCUCCCCUUAAUACAAGACAAAGAUAGACUUUGAAAAAGAGUAACAGAGACUUAGACUUAAAAUGUUGAUACAGCACUAAGACAAUACAAACUAUCACAUUACCUGUAGCUUACUGCAUGUGAGAAAGAAAGAAAAUGUUUAACAUUAAUGUUUGUAUAUACUUUAGAAAAGUAUGAAAAAGACUCACCUGCAUUUUUGAUAGUAAUUCUAACAUCCUCAACCUGCUUCCCUUAUGUUACCUUGUAGAUAUUUGUCAUAGCCCUUGUCAUAGCUUACUUGAUAAAAUCCUGCAACUUUAUUUUUUGGAUUUUAUUUUGAUAUAAAGCAGAACUUGUAACUGUAUUCAGUUGUGACCAGGAGUAAUUUAAUUUUGGAUGGAAAUGUCCUAGUUCUGCAAUGGUUGUUGUGUCACACUGAGAAAACAAGUCAGACUUCUCUGCACAGCUACUGUACAGCAUCUGCUUAAAAAGUGCAAUAAAAGAUGGCAAUACAACA